ACCGGACAUAACGGUCCGCGCGUGGCCGGCCGGCCCGGAAGUGGAGGUGCAACGUCGCGGGGCGCGCCCGGCCUCGCCCAACGCCCCGCAGCGUCCGCGCUGUCCCCGCCGUUCCCGCCGCCCGUGGCCGCUGCCGAGGCCUCGCCGCAGCCGCCAUGUCCGCCAGCGCGGUGUACGUGCUGGACCUCAAGGGCAAGGUGCUCAUCUGUCGGAACUACCGCGGCGACGUGGACAUGUCCGAGGUGGAGCACUUCAUGCCCAUCCUGAUGGAGAGGGAGGAGGAGGGCACGCUGUCUCCCAUCCUGGCCCACGGCGGCGUCCGCUUCAUGUGGAUCAAACACAACAACCUGUACCUGGUCGCCACCUCCAAGAAAAAUGCAUGCGUGUCUCUCGUCUUCUCCUUCCUGUACAAGGUGGUGCAGGUGUUCUCUGAGUACUUCAAGGAGCUGGAGGAGGAGAGCAUCCGCGACAACUUCGUCAUCAUCUACGAGCUGCUGGACGAGCUCAUGGACUUCGGCUACCCGCAGACCACCGACAGCAAGAUCCUGCAGGAGUACAUCACGCAGGAAGGCCACAAGCUGGAAACAGGUGCGCCCCGGCCCCCCGCCACUGUCACCAACGCCGUGUCCUGGCGGUCGGAAGGCAUCAAGUACCGGAAGAACGAGGUGUUCCUGGACGUUAUCGAGUCUGUGAACCUGCUGGUCAGCGCCAACGGCAACGUGCUACGCAGCGAGAUCGUGGGCUCCAUCAAGAUGCGGGUCUUCCUGUCGGGGAUGCCAGAGCUGCGCCUGGGCCUCAACGACAAGGUGCUCUUCGACAACACGGGCCGCGGCAAGAGCAAGUCUGUGGAGCUGGAGGACGUGAAGUUCCACCAGUGCGUGCGGCUCUCGCGCUUCGAGAACGACCGUACCAUCUCCUUCAUCCCCCCGGACGGCGAGUUCGAGCUCAUGUCCUACCGCCUCAACACCCACGUGAAGCCCCUGAUAUGGAUCGAGUCUGUGAUUGAGAAGCAUUCCCACAGCCGCAUCGAGUACAUGAUCAAGGCCAAGAGCCAGUUCAAGCGGCGCUCCACGGCCAACAACGUGGAGAUCCACAUCCCUGUGCCCAACGACGCCGACUCGCCCAAGUUCAAGACGACGGUGGGCAGCGUCAAGUGGGUGCCCGAGAACAGUGAGAUCGUGUGGUCCAUUAAGUCCUUUCCGGGCGGCAAGGAGUACCUGAUGCGGGCCCACUUCGGCCUGCCCAGUGUGGAGGCUGAGGACAAGGAGGGCAAGCCGCCCAUCAGUGUCAAGUUUGAAAUCCCCUACUUCACUACCUCUGGUAUCCAGGUACGCUACCUGAAGAUCAUUGAGAAGAGCGGCUACCAGGCCCUGCCCUGGGUGCGGUACAUCACCCAGAACGGAGAUUACCAACUCCGCACGCAGUGAGAGACCCCCGCGCCAACGCCCCCGCCCUGGCCUGGAAGCGCCAGGGGGGACACAGCUGCCAAGCCCACCUCGAGGAAGGUGCUUGCUCCCUGAACUCUGGGCUGCCCCCGCUCCCCCAGGGACGUUGCUGUCCAGCGCCUGCCCUGCCCAGCAGGGGCCUUCCAGUCUGAGAGAGCCCCGGGCUGGGGAACCCCGACUUCUGCCUGCCGGGCUGCUCUGUUGGACUUACGUGCCCGUGUGGGCAUUGCUGGGUUGGUUGCUGCCAUGCCCACGGCACUGGGGGACCUCCCUCACUUUCCUCCCAGGGACCACCUGGGCCCCGCAAUGCUGCCCCUCAACCACGUCAGUGUUCCCGCGGGGUGAGGGGUCCAGCACUGGGGGGCUGUGCCCUCCCCGCUGAGCCUGGCCCCCUGCCCCCGUGUGUCGACCAGUUCCAUUAAACUCCCUUUGUGAGA